CAUUCUCUCCGGUCCCCUUUCCUCUUCAGUCUUCCCUCCUCCCUCCUCACUCCUCCCUCCUCCCUCUUCCCUCCCAUCGCACUCUAGGUUUCUCUCUAAUUUCUUAAUUUCAUGAGGGUCACUGCAUGGAGGGAUUACCAAUUUCGUUGAAAAGUAACUGAUUGCAAUAGCAUCCUUACGAAAGAGCUACAUUGGGAUAUAGUUCAUAUUAUUCGAUAAGUUCUUAGACUGGAGGUUGCUCUGAAGGGGUUUGGGAAUAAAAAAAUAGAAUUACUUCAUAGUCCAACAAGUUAGAAGAGUACUCAUGAACCUUCAACUUUGAUGCCCCUGAUGCUAAAUGUUGAUCAGUGUUAUGAUGAAGUGAGGGAGGAGCUUGUUAGCAUAAUUAUUGAAAGAUUACAGCCUUCAAAAGUUGAAUAGGAAUAAUUGUUGAUUGAGGAAGAUUCUGCAUAUUUGGUUUAAUCAAAAUGUCACGAGUGCAGAGAGAUAUGAUGCCUUCAUGUUACUUUUCAAAAGCUAUGCAAAGAUUGUUCUGAAUAAGAAUAAGUAAAGGGUAUUGAUUUAAGACUGAGAGAAAUGAAUAGAAGCAGCCGAAAGCGGUCUUCUAAAUGGGAUUUGGUGGACGAGCCUCAGUUUGAAGAUGCAAAUAUGCAGGACAACGGUUGGAUGGGAAAGGCAGGUAGGACAUUUCGUCCUAAGGAAUCUGGACAUGACUGGCCUUCUCCAGAGACAAAUGAUCUGCAGAGACCUAAGCAUGAUUUGGAUUUGGCUUCCAGGGAACCUUUGCCCGGAAGCAGAGGUUCACAUAAGCAUGGGAGUAUGAAUAAGAGAUGCAAUAGAUACAUUGAUGACUCUAUGGUGUGGGAUGGAGAUGAAAAUUGCAGCACAAGGAUGUCUCCUGGUUUUGAUGACUGGAGAGAACAUCGUAGUCAGUCCCCAAAAAGUGGUUGGAAAAGGUCACUGAGAGGUAGGAGUAGAAGUAGAAGCAGGAGCAGGAGUAAGAGCCAGAGCUGGAGCAGGAGCCCUGAUCGUGGCUAUAGGCGGGAAUCACUUUUCCUUGACAGAAAUAGAGGCAGGCCAGGCAUUUCAGCUCAAUUGUGCAAAGAUUAUAUGACUGGGAGAUGCAGGAGAGCUAGUGAUUGCCAAUUUCUUCAUGAGGGUAAUUCCAAGUAUGAUGAUAGCUGGGAAAGUCGACACAGGAAACGUGGUGCUUUGAGAUAUGCUAGUCCUCCUGAAACUACCGAGUACUACCCAUUAAAAAGUGAAAGAUAUUCUGUGUCUUGUAGUGAUUUUGUAAAGGGGAAGUGCCGCAAGGGUGCCUCUUGCAAGUUCAAUCACCAUCGUCCUUCUGAUGGAUUCAGCAAAGAUUCUACAAUUGAUAAUACGAGAGAAAGGGAAAAUGAAAGAAGGAACAGAGAUACUUCUACAGAGCGAGGUGCUGAGCGUGUACCACACAGAAGUGGCGAUAUUCCUUGCAAAUUUUUUGCUGCGGGAAAUUGUCGUAAUAAAAAGUAUUGUCGGUUUUCUCAUCAUAUUCAAGCUUAUGUAAGUCCUGAAAGAAAGUCAAAGGAUGGCCGGUGGGGCCCGGGUCACAGUUUAAAUGAUGCAGGCCCAGCAUGGAAUGGUCCAAAAUGCAGUGAUACCGUGACUCUGUCAGAUGCCCCAAUGUUGACUGUAGAUAACAGAAAUAUUGGUGUUCCAGAGGUACGGUCUAGUGCUUGGUCUGUGGAUGAUAAUAGAUGGGGUUGCGAUCAGAACGAUGAGAACAAAAAUUGUGCUGACCGCAAUGUUAGUCAUGAAGCAGCUGAGAGGAAUGAGAAGGAUGCAAAUCUGUGGAAGGAAGAUAAUGUGGGUGCUCGUGUGGAUCUUCCCAAAUCAAGAGAUACUGAAAAAUGGCUUGGUGACAUGUCUCCUGAUUGGAAUUACACGGUGCAAUCCUCCAACCAUGUUGGGAAACAAGAGCAUGGUUGCAUUACGCGAGGUUCAGAACCUUCAACUCGGGUACAUGGUGCUGCUUCAAUUAUUGAACAAGAGAUAGCUGAAAGAUCUGAUUUUCUGCAGAACAAGGAUCUGAGGGGAGAUGGAGUUAUUUCCUUGCCAUAUGACAAUAGGAAUGCCAUUGAAGAACCUUCUAGUUUUCGUAAUAACCUAAGUGUUACUGCAAAUAUUGUGGGCUGCCAAAGUUUUGACAACAGUGGCCAGAGUUCAAGUGCUUUUCCUUUUUCAGGAUUGAGCACAAUUGGGCAAAGUCAAACACUAAUCCCAGGCAGAGGAAUUGUAAAAAGUCCGCAUGAUACACUGUCCCCAGAGGGUAAAUCUGUGAACAAAUUAGAUAUAGGUGAUGCAAAAACUUCACUAGUUGAUGGAAUUCCUCAAGUUCCAAGUUUGGUAGGUGGUAAAGAACUUAAGCAACUUACCAAUCUUUCAGCCUCUCUGGCUCAGUUACUUGGAAAUCGGCAGCAACUUCCACAGAUUUAUGCUGCUUUAAAUGCUCAUAAUGCGGUGAGCACCCCACCUCUCCUUCCCAAAUCCAAAGGAUCUUCUGAGCAGCUUUUGGGAGCAACUUCUCAGCCCGAUCCAGCCAUGUUAUCUCAUAAGCCGUAUGAUCCUAUAUGUGAUAGCAUAGAACAUAGAAUUAAUAACAAUCAAAUGUGCCUUUUGCCAAAUAGUGCUGGAAACACAAGUGUUGAUGGAAAAGUAGAGAAACUGUCAAAUGUUGUAUCUCCAUCUUCUUUACCUAGCGGAGCAAAUACAAACAAUUAUCAUCAGACUAAUAAUCCAGUACAAGAACCUACACAUGAGAAUCACCAGUUAAGUCAGCUGGAGCGUGGUGCAAAACCUGUGGUUGUCAAGGGAAAUGGUGAUCUUGGGGCCAAGGAAAUCAAGAGCGAUCAGGAAGAAAAUAAUUCCCCAGUUAAUGGUCCCAUGGAGGUCACAGAAAAAGAUGGUGCUGACGGGGGCAAGAAACUCAAGGAAGUGAAGGGGAGUCGUGCAUUCAAAUUUGCACUUGUGGAAAACGUUAAGGAGCUUUUAAAACCCUCAUGGAAAGAAGGUCAAGUCAGCAAAGAUGCUUACAAAACUAUAGUGAAGAAGGUGGUUGAUAAAGUGACCAGUACCAUGCAGGGGGCUAAUAUUCCCCAGACUCAAGAGAAGAUUGAUCAUUAUCUAUCAUUUUCAAAACCAAAGCUUACUAAACUUGUACAGGUCAUGUUUUCCUUCUAUUCCUUCUCUAGGUUCUCUCUAUUUACCCACCAUGCAUAUGUAGAAAAAUGCACAAGGCCUAAAAGAGAACAACUUGCGUUUUUUCACUUUCCUUGUGUCAUACAAAACUUCGCCUAACGCUCCUGGCGUGUUUAUGCUCUGGCAGCCUUUUGCGUAUCUUAGGUUUGUUUUUCCAUUUUCCUUUUUCCGGUUACGUAAGACAUCUUAAUUUUUUUUAGCAUUCCUUUGAUGUAUACUAUUUGGUGCAAGGAUAGUGAAACUCUUGGACUAAGAUGGGCAUAUGAGAGAUUAAUUAUUCUUCUUCAUGUGCGUUAUGUUGGUGCGUCUUUCUUUUGCUUCUUGUUAAAAUGGGCAAUUAUUAUUUUUUGAGGAG